GCGGGGGGAGGGGGCCCGGUCCGGGAGUGCGGGAGCCUGUGGUAGGAGGUGGCAGCAGCGACUAGCGGACUUGAGUCACCACCCGGCCGAGGCAGACACCUCAGUGGGAAGAGCCAGUAGGAGCACCGAGCACCGGAGGCGGCACCGGGAUUCCCGGCUCAGGGGAGGGGGGCGCGGGACCGAGAGGAGGGGAGGGGGCGAUGCUGGAAGCCAUGGCGGAGCCCAGUCCCGAAGAUCCACCUCCGACACUUAAGCCAGAGACUCAGCCACCAGAGAAGCGUAGGAGAACAAUUGAGGAUUUCAACAAAUUCUGCAGUUUUGUCUUGGCCUAUGCUGGUUACAUUCCCUCUAGCAAAGAGGAGAGUGACUGGCCAGCUUCCGGUUCCAGCUCUCCAUUGCGAGGUGAAAGUGCAGCAGACAGUGAUGGCUGGGAUUCAGCCCCUUCAGAUCUACGAACUAUCCAGACGUUUGUUAAAAAGGCAAAGUCUUCUAAAAGAAGGGCUGCGCAAGCAGGUCCCACCCAGCCAGGACCCCCAAGGUCCACUUUCUCACGUCUACAGGCCCCUGACAGUGCCGCCCUGCUUGAGAAGAUGAAGCUCAAGGACUCUCUCUUUGAUCUAGAUGGGCCUAAAAUGGCAUCUCCACUGUCCCCCACGUCACUGACACACACCUCCCGCCCCCCUACCGCUCUCACCCCAAUGCCCCUGUCCCAGGGGGAUCUUCCCCAGCCUCGAAAAAAGGACCGCAAGAACCGAAAGUUGGGGCCAGGAGGAGCUGGCUUUGGGGUUCUUCGGAGACCUCGACCAGCUCCUGGGGAUGGGGAAAAGAGGUCUCGAAUCAAGAAGAGCAAGAAGCGGAAGUUGAAAAAGGCAGAUCGGGGGGAUAGACUCCCACCUCCUGGUCCUCCUCGGGCACCUCCCAGUGACACAGACUCUGAGGAAGAGGAGGAGGAGGAGGAGGAAGAGGAGGAAGAGGAGGAAGAUGACAUGGCAGCAAUGAUGGGAGAAACCCCAACCCCUGUGUUGCCAACACCCCCUGAGGCUCCUAGGCCCCCCGUCACAGUGCACCCUGAAGGAGCUCCUACUGACAGUGAAAGCAAGGAGGUGGGCAGCACAGAAACAAGCCAAGAUGGAGAUGCCAGCUCCAGUGAAGGCGAGAUGCGGGUCAUGGAUGAGGACAUCAUGGUAGAAUCAGGUGAUGACUCGUGGGAUUUGAUCACAUGUUACUGCCGAAAGCCGUUUGCAGGACGGCCCAUGAUUGAGUGCAGCCUCUGUGGGACGUGGAUCCAUCUCUCCUGUGCUAAGAUUAAGAAGACUAAUGUCCCUGACUUCUUUUACUGUCAGAAAUGCAAGGAACUGCGGCCAGAAGCACGGCGGUUAGGGGGGCUUCCUAAAUCUGGAGAACCUUGACGUCUCUAGGCUGGAACUUCCAAAUGGCAACAUGACUUGGGAAUUGAGCCUCCAGGUCCUCGGUCUAUACCCUGGAGCUUGGAUAGUGUCUCAUUUUAAGGCAGAAAUUCCCAAGGGAGACUUGUUUGAAAAUGAGUGUCUCAUGUUUCUAUCCUACUCUCCCCACCCUGUGGACUUGAACUUGGGCCCAUCACGUGUCCACUGUCCCUCGGGUCUCCUCCAGUUUUUCGACCUGGGCUGGAAUGGGAUGUAAUGGGACAGAUGUCUAUAAAAACUCUAGUGUAAAUAUAGCACUCCCCUCCCUAAUCUUUUCUUCUAUCUCCCCAUUUAUUCGACACCAGUUGUAUUUUUAAUUUGGGGGCUUCCCCUUUUGGGCAUGGCAGCCCAGAGGUGGAGUACCAACUGGCUGAAGAAGGAAAACAGGUGAAAUCCGCUCACCUCUUGUUUUUAAUAUUAGCCAGCAGUUUGUACAGACAGCCUGCGUGUUGUAAAUAAAGAAGAGUGGGCUCUUU